UUCAGCACAACGCAUUUAACACAAUGCCUGCUGGAUUCAAUCAUGGGCGAUAAUCAGUUGCAGAGCAGUUUCUCUGUAAGUCUGACCUUUCUGAACGAGAGCGACGUGAAGGAAGAUCUUCCAGCAGCAUCUCUUCAACACCAGGAGCUCAAGCUUCAGGUCCUCAGAGAGGUGGAGGACAUCAAUCUCAACAUUACUGACGAUGCUGGUGUUUGUGUUUUUAAGUUCUCCAUCACAAGGGAGACCGAGUGCUGUCGAGUGGCCACUCGCUCAUUCCUCAUCACGCUGGGCUGCUUCAGUGUCCUCAUGCGCUUCAGCACUCAAUCAGAACUUCAGGUCUUCCACAGAAUGCUGAUCUCAUGGAUCGACCUCAGAAGAGACCAGUCUGUGUUUCGCCAGAGGAGCGAGGAUUCAUCCACACUGCAGUACUUCCAGCAGCAGAACAUGCUCCAGGAUUACCUCAGGACCGCAACCUACCAAAAAGCCAUGCUGCUCAAUGAGGUUGACUUCAAAGAUAAAGUGGUUCUUGAUGUCGGAUGUGGAACAGGGAUUUUGUCUUUCUUUGCCGUCCAGGCCGGAGCUCAGAAGGUUUACGCAGUGGAGGCUAGUUCUGUGGCCAAAUAUGCAGAAAUGCUAGUGAGAAGCAAUGGCUUGUCCAACAAAAUCACGGUUUUGUCAGGAAGGAUUGAGGAAGUUUCCUUCCCAGAGAGGGUGGAUGUGAUCAUCUCAGAGCCCAUGGGCUACAUGCUGCUCAAUGAGAGGAUGUUAGAGAGCUUUCUAUACGCCAAACACUGGUUAAAACCAAAAGGAAUGAUGUUUCCUACUCAGAGUGAUAUUCAUCUGGCUCCUUUCACUGAUGAACAUCUUUAUAUGGAGCAUCAUGCCCGCUCCAACUUCUGGAAUCAAAGCUGUUUCUAUGGUGUGAACUUGAGUGGGCUUCAUUCUUCUGCUGUGGACGAGUUCUUCAAACAGCCGAUAGUUGACACGUUCGAUAUGCAAAUUCUCAUGGCCAGGUCUGUGAAAUACACAAUCAACUUUCUGGAGGCAAAAGAGGAAGAUUUACACAGGUUGGAAAUUCCAUUUGUCUUCAAGCUGCUGCAGUCAGGACUGAUUCAUGGACUUGCUUUUUGGUUUGACGUGGCCUUCGUCGGUUCAAAGAUGACCAUAUGGCUGUCUACGUCUCCUACUGAACCUUUAACUCACUGGUAUCAGGUGCGCUGUCUGCUGCAGACCCCCCUUUUUGCCAAAAUGGGACAGACAUUAUCAGGACACGUUCACCUUAUAGCCAACAAGAGGCAAAGCUAUGACAUUCACAUCACUGCUGUUGUCGAUCAGUCCGGAUUUAAAUCUGGGAACUCGCUGGAUUUGAAAAAUCCUUUUUUCCGAUACGCCUGAAUCUUCAUUUUCAUCAGUAUCCACAUCAAAACAGCAGAUUUUACAGCAUUUCUACACAGAUUGUAAGCCACAUAUCUGAAUCUAUGCUGGUUCCAUGUGCAGGUGAAAUCAGUGUUAUUUGUUCAUGAAAAUAAGGUGACUUGAGUUUGUGUUUUUAUACAUUUGCUAUAAUCUUUAAUUGUUUAGUUUUACAUUAAAUGUAUCUUCCAAUAGGAAA